GCCGUGUAUUCUGGUUAGCUUGAAACGGGGUCAUUUCCUGCUCCCUCUCGGUCCUGUUUCAGUGGAGCCCAGUCCACAACCACUGCUCCCAGUGACCCCAGUCUUCCCAGCAAAGAGGCAGCAGGGCGUAGCGAGCGAGAGGAGGUUCGGAGGCUCCGUGAAAGUACCGGGAGAACCGGGACAAAGGGCGGGAAAAUGGCGAAGACGUACGACUAUCUGUUCAAACUGCUGCUGAUCGGUGACAGCGGCGUCGGUAAAACCUGCCUCUUAUUCCGGUUCAGCGAAGACGCCUUUAACACCACCUUCAUCUCCACCAUCGGUGAGUCCGCUUCACCCGGUUCGGAUGAAAUCUAACCCCUUAAACAACCGACUUUAGACGGUUUUACGGUCCAGAUGUGUUAGCUAACGCAGUGGGGCUAACGGGGGAAAGUGAAAGCUUCUGUGGAGGGAAGGAGGGAGGAGGAGGAGGAGGUCUGACAGUCUGAAUGUUUAGACUCAAGAAGAGAUGACUUUUAACCUCAUAGAUCAGAAAGAGGAGACAAACCUCUGAUCAGAUCAGAACUAUUGAUUAGAUCCUCAGUGUCUGUUCGAUCACAUGUUUGAGAAAACAUUGGUUCAUUGAGGAAACAUGGGGACUCAGCAGAAGUACAAGAAGUACCCUCAUCCUUUACUGCCAUAAAAGUCAGUCCUGAACUAAAAUGUAAGGUCUGAAGAAAAAAUACAGAAGAAUAUAAAAGUCUAUGAAAACAGAAGUACUAAAGAUGGACUGAUUAAUCUGAUUUAUUUAUGGAUUUUUAACAUAAUCUGCAUCACAUCAGCAGCAGGCCCCACAAAGAUGAUUUCACCCAAAUCUACAGUUUUCCCACAUCCUGAAAUGACAGUUUACUAAACUUUUGACUGUAAAUAUAAUAUUAAAGGGAUAUUCCAACGUAAACUUAAUUUAGGGUCAAACACACGUAACACAGAGUUAGACACCCCCUCCAGAGAUGAAUGUUGCCGACCGCUUGCUUCUCUAGUUAUACCAACUAUAUCCCAGCUAUAGUACUAGCCACCAAACAUCUUUUUAACUUUGACCAGAGACUAAACACAACUCACCUACUCUCUUCCAGCAGCAGCUUGUUUGUUGGGCCAGUCCAUUACGGACUACAGCGGGGUGCCGCAGCUCAAGGAAGAACAUUUAUGAUUAUUUCUUUAUCAUUUCCUUUAAGUAAUUAUCACCAUAUUAAUCAUUUUUCACUGCAGACGCGGUAGUUCUUCUGUCUUAACGUCUCAGUCUGAUUGUAUUUCCAUGAAGAAAUUAUCUGUAAUGGACUGGCCUGAAACAAGUGGCUGCUGGAAGAGAGUAGGUGAGUUGUGUUUAGUCACUUUGUUCAAGAAAUGAGUCAAAGUUAAAAAGAUGUUUGGUGUCUAGUACUAUGUCUGUGACCCUAUAUGUCCUGUUGAUGAAGUUAGGUGCUGUUCUGAGCAUUAUUUGUGGCUAUAGAGUGGCGUUUUGGUUGAACACGUGGCUCUCUGUAUUGCUAUCCUGCGGUCGUUACUAAAGUUGGUAUAACUAGAGAAGCAAGCGGUCGACGACAUUCAUCUCUGGAGGGGGGGGGCUAACUCGGUGUUACGGUGUGUUUGACUCUAACUUAAUUUUAAGCCGGAAUAUCCCUUUAAAGCUCCUGAGUGAUACUUUCAGUUUGUGUCAGUUUUGGCGCCUCCCGUGGAUAACUUGUCCUCAUUUGUAUCUACUGAUAGAAAAUCUCAUCCUGCUGAUUUUUGACUGUUGAGCUAAUUUUAAUUUUGAUUAUGCUCUCACUUUCACUUCAUCCUAAGCAGCUCAGGUCAGUGAAAAUAACGUUUGGACGCUCAAGGAAGUUGUGGCUCCUGCUAUGAUUAAAAGAGGACCACUGUAACUUCAACCAGGGCUUGACAGCGGGACCGUUUCACUCGCAUUUGUGACUAAAAGUAGAAGUAUUUAGGGUCACAUGUGCGCAUAAAAAAUCAGCUGAGGUAACAAAUGCUUUUUUAUGGUGAAGUUAGUUUUCGGUUGGAUAUAUCUUCCUGUAAAUACGGCGGUGAAGUUAGUUUCAGGUUGGAUAUAUUUUCCUGUAAAUACGGCGGUGAAGUUAGUUUCAGGUUGGAUAUAUCUUCCUGUAAAUACGGCGGUGAAGUUAGUUUUAGGUUGGAUAUAUUUUCCUGUAAAUAUGGCGGUGAAGUUAGUUUCAGGUUGGAUAUAUCUUCCUGUAAAUACGGCGGUGAAGUUAGUUUUAGGUUGGAUAUAUUUUCCUGUAAAUACAGCAGUGAAGUUAGUUUUAGGUUGGAUAUCUGAUGGACAUUCUCUGAGGAUCUACCGGUGUCUUCUCUCUCUCCAUAACCAGGAAUAACAGCAGCGCGGUUAAAUCUACUCGACACCCUCACUGUCAAUGUCGGGUGUUGAAUAAGGGACCGUCAAUAAAUUGCUGGUUCAUGUUCUCAGAAAAGGCUGUUUUCCUUCAAUAGCUUCCAUGUCAUGUGACCAGUUGACCUGAAAUUGAUUUCAAAUCAUAGUGCUAAGGUUGAUCAAUAAGACAAACAUUAUUUGAUCCAUUUUUAUUGUGGCCCUAAAGUUCUUUGUGUGCUCUUUACUUUUUAACUUAGGAGAACAUGUGAAAAAAGUUAGUGUCAAACCCUGUCAACACGUUGUGUAACAGGAGUAAAAACUAUCAGGCAGCCACAGUUGGAGAGGAGAGGAGGGGGAGAGGAGCAGGAGAAGGCAGGAGGAAAGAGUAGAGCAAGGAGAGGAGGAGCAGGUGUGUGUUUCUAUGUGUGCCUGAAAAGCCAAGGGACAGAAUGGGUAAGACAAGAAAAGGCCUGUAGUGUUCACAGGCAGGGACAAAGAUUAAUAAUAAGAUGCACAUAAAGAUGAAGAGGUUUUAAGUUGGGUAAAUGCAGGUGACGUAGACUGAACUGCCUUGUGCUUGUGUCAGAGUUUCUUCCUAAAUGAACUGUUAGAUUUUAGACUCUAGAUUUCUAGACCUAGUUUGCACACCGGUUCUCCCUACAGUUACAAAUCCCCCCUCAAAAAUGUAGAGUUUAUUAAUCUGGAAGUGGAGCUGAUAAAGUUGAUUGUACUGCAGUUAUUAAAGACAGGAGACAUCAGAGGAAACGUGAUGUUACCCAGCAGACCAGACACGGGGUUUGUGGUCUGAGAUGUUUCAUUUUUGACGUGAGGUGAACAUCAGACUGUGUACAUAGGUAUCUGCAUCUGUGCAAACCUUUGUCAUACGCCACAGUGAAGGUUCAGCUCGCAAGAAUAAAUCAGGCCAAAUGACGCUCAUGUAAGGGGACCAGUUGAGAGCUGAGUGAUCUUGUUGCACAUUAUGAAACUUCUUCAUACUCUUCACACAGCUUCUUCUUUCCCCACCUCUCUGCUGAUACGGUGUGUCUGUUGAAUCACUCAUAACAUUGAUAAAAGUUAAAAACAGCGAUCAUUGGACCCUGUUUUUACCCGGUAUCUUGUGUUCUCUGUAAACAUCACAUGGUGAACACUUCAGCGCUCUGAGGAAACGUCACGCUGUCAGGGACAUGUGUGAAGAAGCAGUUAGAGAAACUAUUCAGAGGCAGGUUGUUCUGGUAUUUUCUGGAAAUUCUCAGGAGGUUUAUAGAAAGAGAGACUCUGCUGUCGUCAUAGUAACAGCUCACCUGAACAUGUGCUGUCAGUCUGUCGCCCUCGUUACGAGUUUUUAAUCAUGUACGGUAAACAGAGCGAAGAGCUCGACUUUGUCUGUCUGCCAUGACUCAUGAGUGUGUGUGUGUGUUUGUGUGUGUGUGUGUGUGUGUGUGUGUGUGUGUGUGUGUGUGUGUGUGUAGUGUUUUGUUUGCAAAGACCCUGAUGUAUUUCCCCCUGACUGUAGCCUGUAUUGACACGUCUGCUGUCAGUACCGAGUUCAUCCUCCACCCACAGGUCAGAGGUCGACGAGCACACGAGAGGCCCCGGACUAGAAACACAGAAACUUUUCAACUCUGAGGAGAAGACUGAUGCAGCAAACACACACACACACACACACACACACACACACACUCAUCUUUCUGUGUGUGUGUGUGGGGGGGGGGUUCCUGUUCGUCAGAGCGCGCUGAGCAGAGUGUGUCUUCCUGGUGGAAACAGGAAGUGGGAACUGUCUUCUUCACCCUGAGUGUGUGUGUGUGUGUGUGUGUGUGUGUGGGGGGGGGUGAAUUAUGCUGCAUUUUUGUGUAUCUGUGUCUGACUGUGGUUCAGCUCUAGAUACAAAGUGAAACUAAAAAUAGAGAAUUUGGAUGUUACUGAUAUUAAAGCUGAGUGAUAUAUUAGAUUUGUCAUAAGUGUGUUUGUGUUUAAAUAGUGUGUUUGUUUGAAUAUGUAUGGAAAAAGAAAGAACAGGUUUUAAAGAGGACGUCUUUCCUUUUUCUUGUACCUUUCUCUCCUCUGAUGUUUUAUUAUUUUUGCUUUGAGAAAGAAAAUCCUACUUUUGUGGAUCAUCUGGACUUUGGUCUGAAAACCUUGAUGUGAAACUUUGUCAGUCUUCAGUUGUGUGUCAGCUGACAUGGUGUUGGAGUUUGACCUCCACAGCAUUCAGGUCUUUUCAUUCUACAGUUUAACACGACUUUCAAGUCAUAGUCGAUCCAGAUUAAAGGUCAAGAUAAACAAUGAAAACACCGUCCAGAUCUUACACUUUGUCAAACAUGGACGCAGUCUCAGUGAUCGCAGUCGUCAUACCCGACCAAACUUUCAGUCAACCAAGUAAGAGGUAAAAGAGAGAACUAAGGUGGACUAUUGGCAAAUGUUGGGAUAAGUUCAAAUAUAGAAGAAUUCAACUUUAUUGUCAUUGCACAUGUCACGGGUACAGAGCAAUGAAAUGCAGUUUGCGUUCAGACGUGCUUAUCAAGUAUAAAUAUAUUUACAAAUGUACACGGUAUGAAAGAAUGUAUACAUGAGUAUGUCAGGGAGUAUAAGUACGUACAGGCUAUGAACAGAUUAUACAUGUGGUUAUAAAUAUGAAGAAUAUAAACAGACUAUAACUGUAAUUAUAUGACAGAUUAAUUAUGCAGUAGUUUAAUAUUGGAUGUAUUUACAGUCGUGCAAAUGAGGUUUGAAUAUAGAUAUAAAGUGCAGGUGAUUGUAGACAGUAGUAAGUGGUGGUUCAGUGUGUGUGUGUGUGUGUGUGUGUGUGUGUGUUCAGUGCUUGAGUGUUAAUGUGGUUCAGAUAUAUUGCACUUUUAUGGAGUCAUAAAAAAGGCAGUAAUACUGGGUCGAACAUUUGCCAUUGUGCGGCUUGUCAUGGUAUCUCCUCCUCUAUCUAUCAAUCAAUCAAUUAAUCAAUCAAUCUUUAUUUAUACAGCACUUUUUACACAUGACCAUGUAGCUCAAAGCGCUUUACACAGAAAAAAGAAUAAAAGAAACAAAGAAAACCCAAAUCUACCCCAGCCCAACCCCUCAUUCCCACCUCAUGAUCGAAACGCAACAGAAACAGAAUUAAGAUGCAUGAACUCAAAAAAGGGCUUUAAUGUUCGCACUGAGGAAACGCCAUUUUAAAACUCAAGAUAAGGAAACAUGGAGGUUUAAAAUCUAAAAACAAAGAAACAAAGAAAGAAAUUUAAGAAAUAAUAAAUAAAAUGAAAUAAAAACAGUAAAAGAAACUAAAAUAAGAGCAACAAAAAAGCUCAAUAAAAGACGAUCCUGUCGUUAAAACUAGAAAGAGAUAAAUACUAAAACACUUAAAGUUAACAAUAUAAGAUUUAGUUAAAAGCAGAGAUGUUUUCAGUUUGGUUUUAAAAUCACCAAGAUUAGGUCCUCAGGUCUUCAGGUCAGCUGUUCCACACACGCCUCACUGUUUGUCUUGGUUUUAACUUUAGAUAAUGUUAUUUUAACGUUCGUCUCGACUGCUGCUGCUUCACACUGUUCUCUACAAAGUCGACAUUCAGCUCUGUCUUUGUUUUUUACCUUCCUGUCUACGGUGUUCGUCCUUAAAUACUCAGACCUGAUUAUUCACUCAGUUUUCAGCUGUGAACUUUCAGAUUAAAGUGACCGCCCUCAGCCUCAGUAUCUACCAGACCCAUGUAAGUUAUAAAGCAGUUAAAUGUGCUGUUACGUAUUACCUUUACCUGCAGGUGUAGUACAAGAAAGUGAUCCAGCAGAGAUUCGUAUCUGCUGCCCUUUUCCCACAGCUGCUCAAACUGGACGAAUUUUAAAUUAUCACCCACAAUUCUUUGCUGCCGUGGUCGGACAGAGGAUGCACUGUCACCACGCUGCCCGAGUCUCGUGAGAGUCAGCUGACCUCUGACUGUGUGUGUGUGUGUGUGUGAGGGAGAGAACGUGGAAGUGGGAUGUAUGUGAGGGAUGUGACACACUUCAGGAUGGAUUUACAACAUCGUCGAACACAAAGACACAUUCAGAGACAAAAACACACAAACUAACCGGACUGAAAACCUGAGACUGUCGCCCUGUGAGUCAGAGCAGCUGAAUCUGAAUCUAUCCACUAAUGUGUUGGUCUGUGUCUGAACUCAGUCGUUGGUUUUACUGUGUGAGGAAAUGGUGAAUUUGGCCCAAUGUAAACUGUAAAUGUUCUUUAAGAGAUCGGACUGAAAACAUCCAGAGACAAAAAUACAUCCUGUUAAAACAAUUCAACACACGAAGUGAAAGAUGCGGCCUAACUUUGUGGAGGGAGGAGGAGUAGAGAGGAGAACGAGGAGGUCACUGACCUGCUGUGCUGCACGUUUCCGUAACAACCAGCAGUAACUCGGUUUCACUUCCUGGUGAGAGAGAAGAAUGAAGAGAGGAGAGAGACGGAGAGAGGGCUGGGAGUUCAGACCUAAACUCAGUCUGUUAUCAUCCAUGAACUAUGACCCUUUUCUUUUUUAUAUUUAUAACUUUUUCUUUUUUUAUCACGACGAACAAAAAACGAUCCAGUUUCUGUUCAUCAAUCCUCUCUCUCUCUCUCCUCUCUCUUCCUCUUUUUCUCUCCCGUAUGCUAAAAAUAUUCAAACUUUUCACACAAUCCUUACUGUCAGUUUUACUUCGAUAUCCAGUAUAUAUUUUCACAUUCAGUCUCACAGCUUUUACUAAAGUGUGAGCAGAAUUAUUAACCAGUGCAAGCUGCAAUCUACGACCGCUGCAAUGAUCAGUAUUUCUGAUAAAGAAAAUAAAGAUAUUGUUCUGAAAAUCAGGUGAUGGCAUGAGUUGAUACUCCACGUUCCUUUACACACGUCUUAACUCACAGGUCCUCAGGUUACUAAUCAUUGAACAUUUCCUCUUCUAUUUCCUCCUAAAUUACAAUCUACCAGAAGUAGUAACUUCAAAAUAAAAGCAUGGUUUGAUGUUGCAGUAAAUAAAGAUGGACAAUCUUUUAAUGAGGUGAUGAUGUGGAUAAAACUUUAACUUGAAUUUGAUCAGAAAUGGUAGAUAGAUAGAUAGAUAGAUAGAUAGAUAGAUAGAUAGAUAGAUAGACAGAUAGAUAGAUAGACAGAUACAUCGAUAUACAUACAGUAUUGAUCCCAAACUGGGAAAUUCUCAUUACAGCAGCAAAAAACACAAAAUAAAAUUAAAUAUAAGAAGAAGUAAGUAUAAUGCAGACUAAAAAUACUAAACAUCCUAAGAGAAAAAAGUGAGAUAUGAAAAACAUGGUUUAUUGAAAUGAGUAAUAAAUAUGAAAUGCUAAAUAUACAGAUGGGAAUGAAUUAGUAAAGUUUAUGAAGUAACGUGUCGCUCCUCCUUUCUUGUUUUGCCUUUCCUCAGUUUGACGGACUUUUCCGAAAGUAUCAGGAUUAUUAAUAUUAUCAUGAUAUUUUUAUGGUCAUGAUAAUUAUUAAAUCAAACUCUGAUAUCCUAACAGCCCUGAGAAUAAACUAAGACACACCGCUGACAUCCUGAAGUCUCUUCAUGGUCUCCACAUUGUCAGUAAGAUGAAGGUUUGAGUCCUCACCUUUUCUCAGCUCCCUGUUGGGUCUUUAAAAUGUUCAACAGGUGCUCGCCUUCUCUUUUAUCGUAGAUGUAUGGUCCUAUUUAUCACCCUUGGUUAUUACUUUAUUGGUUGUUUGUGAUUUUCUCAUCAUGUGAGUCUUUGCACCGCUCUGUUUUUAGAGAUGUGGGACUGUUGUUGAAAUGAAGUCUCUGAAUUCAGCUCAGAGUCAAAAGUUGAUGGACAGAUUUGUUUGAGAUGGAGAAGCAGAGCCGUAGCGGGUGGGUGUGAGGUGGGUGUGAGGUGGAGUAGAGGGAUUUGAACCGGCAUCACUAACGACUCUGAGCAGGAAAACGUGUCAGGAAACGCAGCUGUCAGACUUCUUGGUAACAGAUUUUCUCUCCGCUGAAUCAGGAAGCUGCGUUCGCUCUCAUUUGUUUGUUAAAAAUAUCGUCCACUUCCUUUUGAAGCUCUGAGUCACACCCAGUCAGCUGACAGAUUUAACACACAGAGGAACAAACACACCCUGUACGCCGUGUAAGGCCACGUGACGGAUACGUUAAUGACGUCAUAUCUGUGAUCGUUUAUGUUUCCUGACUUUGUGUUUCUUCUUCUUUUGUUUCAGGAAUCGACUUUAAGAUCAGGACGAUCGAGCUCGAUGGCAAGAAGAUCAAACUUCAGAUUUGGUGAGUUUAGAUCCUCGAUGUCGACGCGUCAGAGAUUUUAUCAUGAGGUUCGUGGAUGAAAGUGUCCGUUUACACCCACUGGAUAAAAGUUCCUGAACUCUCUCAUCGAUCCGAGACCCUCUGAUGAAGUGAAAGUGAGAGCUGUUCUAGAGGAGGGGUCACACCCACGCUCUGCUUUUAAGGAACAGAGGGAGGCUCUGCUUUAGUCAGUGUUUGAGGUGUAACUAUGGUAACACAGCAGGAGGUUAACCAUCGUUCAGUCUGGAUUAUCGUGUUUUUAUUAAUCAUAAUCACUUUUACUGCAGCCUCUCUUUCUUUCUCUCUCUCUCUCUCUCUCUCUCUCUCUCUCUCUCUCUCUCUCUCUCUCUCACUAUCAUUCUGUCCCUCGGCUUUUCAGACCUCUAACCAGUCGGCUCGUCUUAAAUUAAAUUUCUGUUGAAACAUUUAGGACAUGAGUCUCUUCAGAACAUCCUGCGUGUCAAAGAUCUAGAAACGUCUUAAAACGACCUUUAAAAGCUGAAGUUGGAAACAAACAGACCCUUUAAUUCCAGCGUCGUUUGGUCGUCUAACUCACCUCGAAUCUUUUAUACAGACAGCUUUCAUCUGAAUUGGCGUUUAUAUUUGUAAUAAAAGAUUGUUAAUUUUUGUUUUUCAGUAUUUUUCAGGUUCAGGGUAGGAUUUUAAAAGAACUUUAUUCGACCCAAAAGUCGCACUGAAAAGUUCUGAGUUAGCUCAAAUUUUAACUGAGACAAAGAUCUACUCUAGUCUAACUCCAAAAUCUAUACAGACGUCCAGUUCAAACAAGCUUGAUUUGAUUUUUGAUUUGAUUUGAUUGAAGUUCAUUUUGAAAAUAUUAAAAUAAAAAUAAUGAUAAUAAUAAAAAAGUAAAGAAUAUAACAACAAAUGACAGAAAGUUAUUAAUGUUCAAAAAGGAGUGUGAAGAAGUCGAGACUUACCUAGUCCCACCCCUUCUCCUACACUAAUGAUUUAAAUAUAGAUAAUCAUAUUAUAUAAUAUUAAUCAUCAUAUUAAUAAUAGCAAUAAAAAUAAUCACCAUAAUGGAAAUAAUUAAACAACAACCAAACAAGCCGACAGCAGACUUCAGACCUCUGUGAUUAAAGUGGCUCUAUCAGCUGAGUGGUGGGAGUUUAUGCUUCAUCUACAGAGUCUUCGUCCCUCUUUGUCCCAGUGUCCUGUUCUGUCCUACGCUGUCCUGUCCUCCAAAAUAAACUCAAACUUCAUGACUGAGCUGCUGAAUCUUUAAAAACUACGACUCAAACUCAUCAGCUGUUUUUAAACUCAGUCUAAGUCCAUCCACGUUUCACUCUGAGUUUGUGUCGUCCUGAGUCUUAGAGAUCAGAGCUGGUUUGUUCAGUCAGUCUGAAGGAAGACGGACACAAAAAGGUCAGAGGUCAGCGCCGUCUGUCUUAACACGGUCUGCUUCCUGUUGUAGGGACACGGCGGGUCAGGAGCGGUUCAGGACCAUCACAACAGCCUAUUACAGAGGAGCAAUGGUAAGACACGACCAAUCAAUCACUGAUUAAUAUGACCAAUCAGAAUCCUGUGUUUGAUCAUGUGAUCUCACUGCGUUAUUCCACUUUAAACCGCUGCAUUACUCGCAGUGCGUUCAAGGCUGUGUGUCGUUCUUCUUCUUCAGCUAAAUGUCAAACGCUGGCCGGGCACUUCCUGUACCCAUGUCACAGCUGAUGUCACUUCCUGUGCAGUCACUUCCUGUCUUUUGUGCUCCAGGGCAUCAUGCUGGUGUACGACAUCACCAACGAGAAGUCCUUCGAUAACAUCAGGAACUGGAUACGCAACAUCGAGGAGGUUCGACCCGACCCUCUGACCCUCUGACCCUCUGACCUCACAGCCAAUCACGUCACCUAGGACACAUCAUGUGACAUCACAAAAUGUUACUUUAGUUUUAGGUUGAGGCAGAGUUCAGUGAAGCAGGAGAAGAAAGUGAUUAAAUGAUAUUUUUAACAUGAUGGAAAGUAACAGCUCAGGUCUGAUAUCAGUGUCAGUGCUGCCAUCUAGUGGACAAAGAGAGUUUUACAUGAUCAGGAUGAACUGAAGCUCCUCCUGAUCUGAUCUGAAGUUUAUUGAAGUUUAAAAGCUUUUAAAAAUGUGUUUUUUAGAUGAAGAGGUUGAGGAUUGAGGUCGAGGUUAAAUGAUCAUUUUUAGAUUUUUCAAAUUGAAUUUUUCCCUCGUUGUCACACGGUGUUUAUAAAAACAAAGAGUUCAAUGUGAGAUGAGAGAUUGUCCGUUACAUCCUCCAUGUUUGUGUGUUUUUUCUGCAGCACGCCUCUGCAGACGUGGAGAGGAUGGUUCUUGGAAACAAAUGUGACAUGAACGACAAGAGACAAGUGUCCAAAGAGAGAGGAGAGAAGGUCUGUUCACUGUUUGUGUCUGAAGUCUGUAGGGCUGCACCGUUUAUCCAUUCAACAUUGAGAAUACCAGACACACACAUGCAGCAGUCGAAGGACAGUCGUGACCUGAAGACGUCACGCUGUCACACGUACAGACUGUUAAACUAACGGGACCUCCAAACACGCCGAGAUGUUUCCUUUAAAUCUGUGUCGGAGUUUAAAGUCUGACUCUGUCUCGUCUCGUUUUUCAGCUCGCCAUCGAUUACGGGAUCAAGUUUUUAGAGACCAGCGCCAAGUCCAGCAUCAACGUGGAGGAGGUGAGUCCUGAUCCGACUUCUAACAUCGUCACGUGAUCCUGUAACGAGAGUUUAUGAACCCUUUCUGCUCCUCAGGCCUUUUUCACACUCGGCAGAGACAUCAUGACGAGACUGAACAGAAAGAUGGUGAGUUUAUUCGCUCACACUCAGAUCACAGAGAGAAGUCUGUUACUGUUACUGAGGAGGAGGAGGAGGAGGAGCAGGAGGAGGAGCAGGAGGAGGUCUGUAACCAGGACAGGUGCUGAUGUCUUUUUGUCUUUUCCUGCAGAACGAUAACAACCCAGCAGGAGGAGGCGGGCCGGUGAAAAUCACAGAGUCUCGCUCAAGAAAGAGCUUCUUCAGGUGUACACUGUUGUAGGAGGAGCCCCCACUCUCUCCUGCUCCUCCUCCUCCUCCUCCUCUUCCUCCUCUUCCUCCUCUGGCUGCUGCAGAACUGAAGCACCCGCCGCAGGACGGAGCGCCGCUCAGCCGAGGAACAAACCUGUGGAAAGAUGAAGAGUCAAACGUCUUCAUAUUGAAUCUGCUCCUUCAGGAGCGCCUCUGCUUCUUAGCCCAGACCUCCAUCUUCACCUCCUCCUUCCCGCUGCUCCUCCUCCUCCUCCUCUUCCUCUUUAUGUAUGUAGCUCUCCCGCUCUGAGAGAAACGUCCUCGGCCUCAGAGAGGACGGCGUCUUUCUGUGUGAGGACGUCUUUGACUGUUUCUGCAGAGGUCUGAGGAAAACUUGAAGUCCAAAGACUGAAGAGGAUCAGAUCAGAUAAGUGAUGAAGAGUCAAACAGGAACACGGAUGAUGAUGAUGAUGAUGAUGAUGAUGAUGAUGAUGAUGAUGAUGAUGAUGAUGAUGAAUCUUCAGAGGCUGUUACAAUCAGCGACAUUAUUUAUAUAUUUGUGAUAACAGACAGAAACUCGUCUCUCACUCGGUCUUUAGUUCCAGAUAAUCAAUUCAUCAGAAGUCGAUCAAGAAAAUACCGAUCAAAUGUCAAAUACUGGACCAACUUUCUUUAGAUUAACGGAAAAAUCCUGUUCUACUGUUGACUCUUUAUUAUCGAAGUCGUUCAUGAAGCUCAAAGUUUGAUGUUAUUGUAAGAAUUCUAUUUUUUAACGUUUGACAUGAGAUCACAGCGACGUUCAAGAAGAAUCAAAAACACAGAUUUACAGAAGAAAAGAGAAAAACAUCAACUUAGAUUUAAAAGAGACGUCUGUUAAAAUUAACAAUAAUUAAGGUUUAACUUUACAAAUAUAAAAGACUAAAGUUGUAACUGUAAGAAAAGAAAUGUUUACAAGAAGAAGGUUGUAGAAAAUAGUCACAAAUUUACAAGAUGAUAAUUAAGCGUCACCUCAGCUGUCGAGUUUAACGAAACUUUAAUAUCCUUCAGACAUAAUUUUACUCACAGAUUAAUCACCGCCCGCUCUGUGACUUCUUUAAUCUCCUCAGAUUAUGAUUUGUUCUCAUAAAUCUUCAUCUUUUUCCCUCCAAACUUUUGUUUCUGUAAAUUUCUGUUUCUUCUUGACGCGGCUGUCGUCCAUGUCGUAAAAAUGCAAUACUCAUAGUUAUUAAAUAUAUGAAUGUGAAUCUUCAAUCAUUAAGCACUGAAAAUCAUAUUGAUAUAAAACUACCUUCAUAUAAAGAACUAUAUAAACAGUAUAAAUAUUAUAUAUGUAUCGAUUUAUGAUCCAGUUUGAUGUUAUUUUCAUGUUCUUCUCUGAGCUGCAUCAGAAAACACAAAAACACGUCCCGGUUCACGGCUUCAUUUAUUCACUUUAACGGUUUUCUGUGUUUGUGAUAAUCAAAAAUCAGUUUGAGUCUUAAACGGGUCGAAGGACUCAUGAGAACUCUGCGGGCCGAGGACGCGCUAACACUGUGUAAAACUGUCCGGUGUGUGUGGAGAUCAGCUGCAGCAGACUGACUCCGGUCUGCUGCAGAGACUCUGGUGAUGAAGUUAUCGAUGCCUUUUCUUUAUUUUUAUAUUUUAUCUCCUUUCUUUGAGGGAAAAAAAAAACCACUCAGCUGUCUCUAACAGCACUGUGUUGAUUUUCUUUCUGAACAUUUUGAAGCUUUUUUAUCCAAAGUUCAUUUAAAGUCUUAUUUUUGUAUCUGAAGGAUUUCUAUCGUGUCUUAAAACAGUUUCAUUCUUGUGCAGCUUCAGUCCGUCCAGACUCACAGCUCUGAUUUCUGAUCAGCUUUAAUGUAAAGAUGUAAAGUUACCGGUUUAUGAGAUUACAGGUCAAUCAGCGAAGGCAAGAACACGUCGAAUAUAUUUGCACAGAUAUGAAGGUAAAACAAGUUAGACAAUAGAGAGACUGUUAAUUUACUGUCAUUUUAGAGGUUUAAUAAAUAACCGUACAGUUAAAUUUUUAUCUCUAAUGAAAGAGUUUAACAACAUGAGAAGGAGAAGCAGAUUUAUUCAAAUAUUAUAAAAGAUGAUAUUUUAUCAUCUAAUUGAUCCAUGUGCAGGUUUAUGUUUCAACAGGCUGAACUGAGUCUGUAACUUCUGUCUUUAAAGCCGAGAAACUGACAGAAAAAAACCCUCAAGAACCAAAAAGUAGAAAAGUUUAUAUAUAUAUAUAUGGAUACAUUCAUUAGGGCCCGAGCGAUAUGGAUUUUUUAGAGCCGGUGCCGAUACCGAUUAUUAGGGGGGAAAAAAAUCCAAUUACUGAUUGAUCGGCCGAUUUUUUAAAUUUUUUAUUAAGUUAUAAAAAAUGGCGGAACAUUGUCAAAGUGAAUUGAAAUCUUAUUCUCUGCAUUUUAAUUUUGGAAAAUAUUGGCGACAAUCGGUGAGUUUUGGCCGAUUACAGAUUAGUUUCAAACGGGCUAAAAUUGGCCGGGCCCUGAUAUUAAUAUUGAGUGCACAAUGCAAUUCUCUGUCUGUGCACGUUUUCAACUUCUGUACAUGCAAGACAAUUAAAUUUGUUGCAAAUAAUUAUCAUUUAUGCCACAAUAAUAACUUAAGCACACGUUUUAAAAAUGAUAAUAAUCUCCUCAAAGCAAAAUCAAAUCCGCUAAAAUCACUUUUCAUGAAUUAAUAAAAACAUAUAUUUAUGUUAGAAAAUGACGUAUCGGCCCUGAUGGGAGAGGACCUUGAUUGUAAGAUGACACCUCCUUUUUAAAGUCACAUAAAACUGCAGUAAAUGUCGUAGUAUUUUGUAUCAGGAGCAGUCACAGUUUUUGCUGAACAGACCGUGUUCCUGGUUCGGUUUUUCGCUCCGACAGUCCUGAUGCCUUGGUUCAGAUUCAGACCCGCUGUUGAGUCGGACUCUUUCAUAGGAACAUGGUCCUGCUAAAGUUUGUCCUCCCGUGUGUUUGUUUACAGCCUCUCUGCAGCAGUAUUUCCAUGAUGACUAAUGUCACUAACCUCGCCUCCAGCUGCACUUUAUGUUCUGUGUGUUUGACUAAAAGGUGCUUUAAGAAAACGUCCUUUUUCACAGAAACUCAACCUUCAAUACCGUCAGUGUUUACUCAUCAAGUUCAAGGAAAAAUGGUCCAUCUGUUAGUUUUGAUCUUUUUGUUUUCUGCCUUUAUUUCUCAUUUUAUAGAUAAGAUUAUAUAAUUAUUAUAUAUUAAAGUGUUUAUUGACCCUUUGACUGAGACCUAAAUGUUACCGAUCAGUUAAAUCCAUCCAAAUCAGCCGUUUGUUUUCAAAGAUGUGUCACCUCCGCUCACAUUAAUGUGUUUCUUUUUCAGUGUCUGUUUCACGCCUGAAAAAAAGACUGAUAAUUAUUAUUCAUGAGGCCUCUGAUCUGUACCUUUGUGUUUGUUUUGAUGUAAAUUGAUCUAUUUUUUCUGCACUUUUAACUUUGAUAAAACAUCGCUAUGCAAAUUCAAAAUGAUAAUCACCACUUUUUGUUAGUUUUUUAUUUUUUAAAUCUGUUGAAAUAUUUUGAUGCACGGAUUGGGAGGAGCGAGCUGCAGGAAAACAUCCAAAAAAACAUUCUGAUGAGUCUUGCGUCUGAAAUUUGACACAAAAUGAGCGUUUCUGAUCACAGACAGAUUUCAUAUUUGCAGGUUUGUUGUGACUUUGUUAAAAAAGAAAAACUGUAAAGUGAUGAUUCAUGAAACAGAAGAGGGGGAGCCUGAGGACAAAUGAAGGCUCUGAACAGGAGCCAGAUGUUUACAGUCAUUUGUAUUAAAAAAAAAAAAAAUCAUUUGACCCCUACAUUGACCUUUGCCUUAUUACAUGUCUUCCAUUUCCUGCUCUGUGAUGUUAUUACAGUGUCAGCUGAUCAUCCAAUAAACAACUUUUCUAUCAAUU